AUGGAUGUGGGUGAUGGUGAUCUUAAUCCUCCUGGUGUUGUUAAAUGUAUUAAUUUGGUUGAGGACGUAGUUGACCCCAACCUAGAAUUUGUUCAAGAUUCUGGCUGUGAGGGAAGCAUGGAAAAUAUGGAGUUGAAUCCGAGCUCAAACAUGUGUUUUGAAUCUGGUUGUGUGGGGAAUGGGAUAAGCAUGGAAAAUAUGGAACUGUUGAACCCUAGCUCUCCUCUCAUUGGAUCACAGCAGGUUGUCUACACAUCUCCUAUACAGACAGUUCGCACUGUCCAGACUGUUAAGACUGUUGUAUCAACUAAUGUGCCCCUUUUUGAACCUCCAAAGGAGGGUAUGGUAUUCAAGAGCUGGGAGGACAUAGAGGAGUACUUCAAAAUGUAUGCUUUUAGUAAUGGAUUUGGUGUAACUAGAGUGCAGGGUUCUUUUCCUAAGGCAACUAAGGAGCGUAGGGGUACUAGGUGGAGGUGUGAAUGCUGGGGUCCCCUGAACAUGAGGGCCCUAAGGGAGGCCAAGAAGAGGGCCAAAGCAAUGGAAGUCGGUGGAACUGGGGGCAAGGUAAACGGUGUAAUAAGGGUGGAUGAGCUGAAACAAGGAAAGAGAAAGUCUAAAAAUUGCUUUUGUCCUGCAAACAUUUAUGCAAGUGUUAACGAUGCGGGUGAGUGGGUUAUACGGUUAGCCGAACAAGAACAUCAUGGCCACAAACCAACCCCGACAAAGGCAAAUCUAGUGAAAGAGUACAGGUUGAAGCAUUACACUUCAUCUGUACGCAAGAAGCUAAUGAAGUUCUACGAAGAGGGUGUUCCUGUUAAGAAAACACAUGGAUGCUUGUCCCAUGAAAAAGACAAACUCCUUAAUGUGAAGGACCUAGAACACGAGGUAUACAAAGCUAAGAAGUUGAAAAUGGAAGGAGGCGAUGCCAUAACAAUGAUGAAGUAUUUUGAGAAGAUGCAAGCCGACAACCAAAACUUUUAUCAUGCACAUCGGUUGGAUGAAGAAGGGCGGCUAAAGGAUGUGCUAUGGGUGGAUGCUAGGAGUCGUGCGGCCUACGAAGAUUUCGGAGACGUGGUAUGUUUUGAUGCCACGUACUUGACCAACAACUACGAGCUCCCUUUUGCAAAUUUUGUUGGCGUGAAUCAUCAUGGUCAAUCAAUUCUUUUUGGAUGUGCCUUGGUAUCACGCGAAGAUUGUGAAACCUAUUCUUGGGUGUUUACGCAAUGGCUAGCAUGUAUGGGGAAUCGGGCACCCUUGGGAAUUCUUACCGAUCAAGCAGCAACAAUGAGAAGGCCGCUUGCAGAAAUUAUGCCAACAGCACGCCAUAGAUGGUGCAUAUGGCACAUUAUGCGAAAGCUUCCUGAGAAGCUUGGGAAAUGCGAGUUGUAUGCUGAAUUCAAAAAUCCUCUUAAAGCUCUCAUUUAUGAAAGCUUCACGGUUAAGGAAUUUGAGAGUCGGUGGCUUGAGUUUAUGAAGAAGUAUGGCCUGGAAGAAAAUGAAUGGCUAUGUGACCUGUUUGAAGAGCGUCACAUGUGGAUCCCGGCAUAUAUGAAGGAGUACUUCUGGGCUGGAAUGAAGACUACCCAACGUGUAGAAAGCAUCAAUAGCUUUUGUUUCGGGGUUUUCUGA